AUGCGUUUUUGCUCCCUAAUCAUCCCAAAAGUCUGCCGUGAUAUCCGCCGGGCAGGCGUCUCUCAGAGGGCUGAGAAGGACGAAGUUCGACAGGCAUACAGACGGCUCGCACGAACAUUCCAUCCUGACCAAAAUCGUUCAUCUGGAGCCUCGUCAAAAUUCAUGGAAAUUCACAACGCUUAUCAGACGGCGCUGUCGCAGCUCGACACCAUACCUGACAGGCCUCGAUCCCCUCCGCGAACGACUAACAGAUUUGCCGCGAGUCCCGAAAGGAGGAGACCAUCGCAACGAGAUGAAUGGGACGAGAUUUGGGAUGACAUCAUGGCAGGCCCAACUCGCACCGACACGCAUAGAUGA